UCGGCCGCGAAACCGUCCAUUGCAACCGACAGCUGGUGAAAGAAACGCUUUGAAUAGAAAAGCCGAGAAAUAUUCUGAAGAACAUGAUGGGUUCUGUCCCGAUAUCCUCGCUGAGGUUACUAGUUCCACCUCUCCGACUAAUGUCUGCUUUCAUGUGGAAAAUUGCCCAGCAACAACAUGUGGAAUAUUAUAGCAAACUGGAGGAAUUUGUCUCCUUGGUGACGAGGCUAGUUCCAGAAGUUUUGACCAGCAGACAGAAGGGGACAUUGGUAAUGGGGCUCAGAGCAAAGAUGAUUUUUGAAAUGUGCAGAGGUGAAUUGCCUGCAGAUCUUGAGACUGUGAAGUCACAUAUACAAAGGAUUCAGUCUUUUCAUUCCUCAAAGGGAAAUGAUUCUGAGGUGGAAGUCUUGCAGGCAAACCUUCUAAAACUUGUGCUGGGCCUUCUGGAGGACCCUGCCAAAAAAGAAUACUUCUUUCAGGAGGUGUUUCCACUUGAGUAUGGUCCCGAGUUUGACCAAGCCCUACAAGUCCUGGUGGGCCAUUUUCUCUCCAGGCUGGAACAGCUCCUGCCAGUACCAGACUUCAGACAGACUUCUUCAUGGCUGAAUAUUUGCCCCUGGGAGUGGAGUGAAUGUGUGGAAUCAAUUUGUAGAACAGAGAGUUUGCUACCCUUGAUGAAAACUGGAAUCUGUGGGACUCUGGAAGAAAACGCUCUCCCAUCAAUUGUGGAGGACAGAAUCAUCUCCUCACUGUCCCUCCCACCAAUCAGUGAUGUCCAGUCACAGCAAACUCAGGAUCUGGAUCAGGAGAAUGAACACAUCGAUACUGUUAGCCAUGAGGUCUAUACAACUCUGGAUGGAACUGAAGUAGAAGAGUAUCCAAGAGAAACUGAGGAAGAUGUAGAAGGACAGAACUUUGAAAGGGAGAUUAAAGAAGCAAUACACAGUUUGGAAACAGGUGUCAUCUCAGAGGUGGUGGCUGAAUCUUUACCAGACACAGAGAUGACGGUAGAUGACUCGGAAUUGAAUAAUGCUGAAGCUGGACAUGUGGUUUGCGAGUUGGCCCCUGCAGAAGAGGUCAUUGUAACUGAUCAACCCCAGACAGUAAUCCCUAGAGUUGCUCACACAAAGAUCACUCAACCACUGGAGGUUACCUACUCUGCUUCAAACAGAGCAGGUCAAGAAGGAGAAAUCAACCUCGAUUCAGAGCAAACUGUUUUGGAGGAAUCAGUGCAUGAAGAGUUAACCGCUGAAGAACACGGAUCUCCCAGUACCCCAGCGGCACCUGACUCUUCUAAGAUUCCACUGAGAAGGUCCCUGUUUGUCAAGCUUUUACACAAGUGUCUGAAGUGCGGCAAGCGUUUUGCGUAUCGCUCAGAUCUCCAUAAACACCAGGAGAGUCACAAACUCACCAGCGCAUUCAAGUGCUCAGAAUGUGGGCAAGUCUUCAGGGAUGCAAAACUCCUGACUCUUCACCGGCAGCGAGGUUGUAGAAUAAGAAAGUACAAAUGUGUCAAAUGUGGUGCGGGGUUCAAAUCUCUGUCUAACUGGUACAAACACCAGCAGGCUCACAAAGUGAUCUGCACACACAAAUGCCCUGAUUGUGGAAAAAUAUUCCGAAGUCUCACAGGUUUGGUGGCUCAUAGACGAGAGCACAUGGGUCCUAUGAUAAACGGGGUUUACUCCUGUGACAAAUGCGAUUUGACGUUCGGCUCAUACCGUGGCAGGGUGCUGCACCAGAGAGUCCAUGCCGAUAAAUCCCAGAAGCCUGCUCCUAAAGAGCGUGCCCCGGGUGAGUGUCGCUUCUGCGGCGAGACGUUUGUCCUCCUCACCGACUUGCGAGUGCACCUGAAGACGCAUCCUGAGUACAGACCGCAUCAGUGUGACCAGUGUGGGAAAUGCUUUGCCUUGCACCACAGCCUCCUUGCCCAUCUCUCGAAUCACACGGGGGACAAGCCUCACCUGUGCCAGCAGUGUGGCAAGCGCUUUUUCAGCAAGGUCCAACUAAAAUCGCACAUGAGGUGCCACUCGGGUGAGCGCCCGCACAUGUGCCCUCACUGCGGGAAAUGUUUCUCCCUACUGGGCAACCUGAACAUCCAUGUGAGGAUCCACACUGGUGAGAAGCCCUACACGUGCACUCACUGUGGAAAGGGCUUCAUCUCCGCCGGAGAGCUGCAGGUGCACGAGCGUAGUCACACAGGCGAAAAGCCAUAUUCCUGUUCAAUCUGUGAUAAAAGGUUUGUGGUGUCUAGCCACCUAACAGCACACAAGCGUGUUCAUACCGGAGAGCGCCCGUACUCCUGCGCACAGUGUGGGAAGACCUUCAUACGCAGAUAUGACUGGAAUAAACACAUGUACACCCACUCGGGGGUUAAGCCGUUCCCCUGCAGCAUCUGCCAGAAGAGCUACACACGUCGCACGCACUUGGUUAGGCACAUGCAGAGUCACGGAGCUGGCCUUUAGGAACAGGAAUUUAAAUUAAUAGAGUAGAAAUUAGAUUCAUAAACCGAAGAUUGAAUGAAGACAUUCCAGUGCAAGGUUUUAAAAGCACAGUGCUAAUGUUUUGUUGACCAAAUGCAAAUAUAAUUAAUAAAUGUUGACUUUAUAGUUUGUCAAA